AUGGUUAAAGCUGGUGAGAUAUCUGUUCCUGACCCAAUGUUCAAGAGAAAAAUAUCUAUUCUUCAGGCUGUUCUCGGUGCCUCUGGUGGCAUUGGCCAGCCUCUCUCCCUUCUCCUGAAGGUCUGCCCUCUAGUUGAGGAGCUUGUCCUUUAUGAUGUCGUCAACAGCCCCGGUGUUACCGCCGAUCUCUCUCACAUCUCUUCUACUGCCGAUGAUGGAUUGAAGAAUGCCCUCACUGGCUGUGAUCUCGUCCUCAUCCCUGCCGGCAUUCCUCGCAAGCCUGGAAUGACUCGUGACGACCUCUUCGCCUUCAAUGCUGGUAUUGUGAGAGAUCUUGUCCAGGGAGUUGCUGAUUUCUGCCCCAAGGCAUUCGUCCUCGUCAUCUCUAACCCAGUUAACUCCACCAUCCCAAUUGCUGCCGAGGUACUCAAGAAGGCUGGUGUCUUCGACCCUAAGCGUCUUUUCGGUGUCACUACGCUUGACAUCCUCCGUGCAGAGACCUUUGCCCAGAAGUACACGGGUGAGAAGGAUCCCUCCAAUGCCACCAUCCACGUUAUUGGAGGACACUCUGGCGAGACCAUUGUCCCAGUCUACAGUCUGGCUAAGCCUGCUGCCGAUAUUCCUGACAGCGAGUACGCUGACAUCAUCAAACGUGUCCAGUUUGGUGGUGAUGAAGUCGUGAAGGCCAAGGAUGGUGCUGGCUCUGCCACUUUGUCUAUGGCUUAUGCCGGUUAUCGCGUAAUCAAGGCCUCCAAGGGUGAAAAGGGUAUUGUUGAGCCCACUUUCGUUCAUCUUAACGGUAUCGAGGGUGGCGAAGCCAUCAUCAAAGAGACCGGGCUUGAAUAUUUCUCCAUGCCAGUCGAACUAGGGCCCUCCGGUUCUGAGAACAUCGUCAACAUCCUUCCCCAAGUCAAUGAGAGGGAGAAGGCUCUUCUCGAAAUCUGCAAGAAAGGCCUCGAGGGUAACAUAGCUAAGGGAAUUAACUUUAUUCAAAACCCUCCACAAAAGCUGUAG